GACAGCUGUCACAUCACGCAUCUGUCACCGCGACGUCACUGCCUGCAUUGGCACUAGCAGUUCGCAAAUAAGGACUCACUCGAGUCCACCUGUGGCUUUACCCUGCGUAACUUACUAGUGUAGUGUGAUGGGAAGUCACCACAGCCAUGAAGAGAAGGGUGAGAAGCAGGAAAAGGGGGGAAGCGGGCUAAACACGCCGCGAGGGGGUUCUCGGCGCGGGACCGUCACAUCUGUGCCAAGAUCAGGAUCUGGAGCUGAUAUCCAGGAGCCAGAGAAGCCCCAGACGUCCAUGGUGCCCGUGGAGAAGCUUGGGAAGCUUCUGGCGCAAAGAUCUCAGAAAGAAGAUGGAGUUAACGGUGUUACAGAGAAAUCGUUUACAAAAUACCUGUUCCCCAUGUACCCCGAGCUGGCCCAUCAGUUCUACGCAUACAUCCACAAAGUGGGCAAGUGCAAGAACCAGCACAUCCCGGCGUCCGUCUUCAGGGUGCAGUGCGAGAAGAUACUCGGCAUGUUGGACGAUGCGGCCAUUAUAGAGACUUACGUCAGGAUGUUCUCCGUGGAAGAAGAAGAAGGCACAGUAUCGGCAGCCGCGCUCCGGGCGCUCCUCUACACCAGCUACAAAUUGUCCAUGGACCACUACCCUGAUGGGCCACAGACCUGUCUUGCAAUAAACAAGGUGUUGAAUUCCGUGGUGAACGGCUGUUUCAACAAGAAGGACUCCCAUUCCGUGGGUUUUGUUGUGCGCUGGCUGGAGCAGCACUGUCACCGUCUCAUCUUUCCCGUGCACAGGUACUGCGUCCACCUGCUGGCCACCCGCCACCGCGACAUCUCCGCGCACGUGGCGUCGGACGGCGCCGGCGCGGGGCUGGAGCUGGCGACGCCGGUGCUGGAGCGCGGGCGGCCGGGCGGCGGCGCCCUGCUGCCGGCGUCGGGCGCCUGGCUGCUGGCCGGCACCGCGCCGCCGCUCUACAGCCGCCCGCUGCAGCCGCCGCCGCUGCCGCAACACGCGGGUACGCUGGCGUCUACAGCAUGGUUGGCGCGACUAGUGUGUGCAUUACCGUCCCACUGGGCCCCCUUAUACAACUCCAACGAACACGGACUGGGCGCUAAUAGAUUCCUACACCAUACGCUUAACUACAGAGGCCCAACGCUGGUGGUGGUAGCCGGCGGCGAGGACCUGAAGGUGGUCCUGGCGUGUCCGCAGGAGUGGCGCGAGACGCACACGUACUGGGGCACGGCCGACUGUGCCCUCAUACAGCUCUUCCCUACGUUCUCAAUAGUUGAACACGCCCCUAAAAUGAUCUACCUGAACACAUCGAUCCGCGGCUACCCGAAGGGCUUGCGCGCGGGUAGCGAUCCCCGCAAGCCUUUACUUAUCAUCGAAGAAGGCUUCGACAAGAUGUCCUUCAACAGCGUACCUUAUUCUCUACGAGCGAUCGAGGUGUGGGGCUGUGGCGAUCAGGCUUUAAGAGAGAACCAGCUCGAAGUGAAAAAGUGGCAAGUCAGGGAAGCGGAGAGACAACGACAGGUGAAGCUGUCGGCGGCGGACUGGAUCGAGCACCCCGACCGCUACCUGCUGGAGCUGGCCGGGCGGCCGCAGUACAACAACUCGGCCAGCUAGGGCGCCGGGUAGAGGCUCAUGCUGACGCUGCGAGAACGAGAACGAAAGUAUUGUAGCUUCAUUUUAAUCAAUCGUUUGAAGACAUACUUGUAUACGAAAGUGUGUCCUUAUCUCUGUCUGUUACUUCUUCACGCUUAAACCACUGAACCGAUUUAGUUGAAAUUUGGUAAUGGGUUCAACCUUUAAGGGAGUGAAAAGAAAGUGGAAGUUUAAAAGGGUAUUAAUAAUUUCUUUAAAAAAGGACUAUGAGACUUAUCGUUUCACUUUUCGUUACAAAUCAAAAAAUGUAUAUCCCUUUUGUAAUUAGUGUAGUAUUGUUGAUACAUAGUCAAUAUUGUAAUAAACUUUGCAUUCGAGUUCUCGCACCAUCUAUCUGAGCCUUAAUUCUCUAGUAUACGAAGGAAGACCAUGAAGUGUAAUAUAUUGUGGUCGCAAAGUAGAUAGCUGAACCAAAUGGCGUUGUACUGUCCGUGCAUUACUUCUACUAUAACGGUCAAAUUUGUGGCUCUAAUAUUUUGCACAUAUUUGUAUUCCUUUGUCUACGCUAUAAGAUAGAAAUUGUUAUACCUAAGCUUGAUUAUGAUCUAGAUAUUCUACGGCUACUAGUAGAAAGGUACAUGAGACGUUUAAACUAAACGUUUUGGAGGUGAUCGAAAUAGCACAAGCAUUUCUGCGUUUAAAGUGUGAAAAUGUGAUUAUCAACUAUGUAACAUUUAGUGUUUUUAAACUACUGUAUAAGCGUAAUUUAGUUCAACUAUCUUUAUCAUAAUACCGGGUGGGCAAAUAAGAAAUAUAUACAUUUGGGGAAUUUAUUUGCCAAUCACUGUCACUUUUUCUCGAAAUUAAUCAAGCAAACAAUGUGUUUUAAACAACACAAAUAUUUGAGAAAAAGUUGCAUGCUGCUAGAGGUAGACAUUUGGCAGAAAUUAUCUUCCGUAUACAAUUGCCAAGCCUGAAUAAUAUAUUUCUGAAAAAAAUAUUCAAUAAAUUUUGCACUUAAUAUAAUUAAAAUUUAAAAACAAACUGUAUCACUCUUACUUGCUCACCCUGUAUAUAUCAAAUGUAAUAUAGGUAAAAAACUUAGUUCCAGACUCUCUGUUUGGAAAAUGGUUCCCUAUUUAUAAUUUAUAAUAUUUAUGUCUUAUUUAAAAAAAAUAAGAAAGAAGAAUAAGAUUAAUUAGAAAUAAAGGUCAAUGUGAAGUCAUUUAUUUAGUAUUUUUGUAAACUGUAUAUAACUAAAUCCAUUAGAACUGUAGCUAAGUUUUUUACCUAUUUUUCUUGCAUUUUAAGAAGGUGUUGACAGUAGGAAACUUAUUAUAAUUUCAUCAAAUCCGCUCACUAUAGUGAAAUGCAGGAAUUAUAAGGAUUGUCAGCUUUUACCUGCAUGUGUUUAAUUUUCUCAUGUACUUAAUUUAAAUUAUUAAUUAUAUGCCAAAUAUUCCCGGGAACAUACAUCAAUUAUGUCGCACGAAAUUUAAGAUUAUAAGCAAUUGUUACAUUGUAGUAACGAAGUUGCUUACAACUAUUUAAAAGUUAGCUACUUAAAGUCAAAUAAUAAAUAUAUAUACUUCAGGACUGAUUCAGUCUAUUAUAAUAACAAUUAUGUAUUGCUGUUUAUUUAACACUAUUAUAUUUUAUAUCGUGCUUGUUCAUGCAAUGAUAUUAUUUUAUAGUAUAAAAGCCAUUAAGAGGAUCGUAGAUGACUUAUUUGGACCUAUUUUGUUUUGUUGUCGAUUUUUUCGUCAUAUUUCUAAUUUGGUGGAUACAUAGUUUCCUAUUCUGUAAAAUAUAAGUUCCAUUUCACAGUGUGCCCUAAAAAAUUUCCUUUGAGUUACGAAAACAAAUGGUAAUUUCUUAACUCAACGAAGAAUUACAUAGGUAUUUCUCGGGACAUGUUGUGACUUCGUACUUAUUCCGCCCACAAUGAGGAGUUAUCAAACCAGCCAAAUUUUAUCCAAGAGUAACGAAAAUAAAACCAACAAAAAAUUUAAAAUCGGCCAUUUGGUUUGUAACGUCCACUUUCCUCUUAUUUAGGUAUAUUUUAAAGUUAAACAUUUGUUCUCAUUUAAAUUGUUAUUGGAUCUAGGCAAAGGAAAACUAUGAAUAGGCGGGCCAUCAUAUUUUAGUGUUGACUUUGACUAACAUGUGAUUGUUAAUUGUAAAUAGAUAGUUGCUCAAUAGAAAUUGGUUCCAUUUGGGCGUAAAUAUAGGACUGUUUAGAAUAGUAGAUUGUGUCACAAGGGAGUAAAAUUACAUAUUUACGAGCGUACAUUGAAUCCUGAGUGCAGUGAGGGUUUCUAGUGUUAACGCCCAAGGUGGAAAUAAUUUCGCUACAAUGUGACACAUACUGCUUUUCAUAUCACCUAUGAGGAAAUUAUAGUUUCAUAAUACAUAUUAUAAUCUAUAUGGUAUGCGAAAAGUGUCAUAGAACAGAAAAGUGCUUAUUUGAUUUCUCCUAGCAGGGAAGAAAAAAUCGUUUUCCGAAUAGGUGAUGUGAAAAGAAAAAUCCACUCACAGAUAUCCAAAUUUUUAAUUUAAGAUCCAUGUGAUGACAGCGUGUAUUUUUGAUAUUACCACAUAAUCAAUGGGUAGUUAUUUUACGCUUUAUAUAUAUAUAGGGAUAAUUUUCAAGAUACAUUGGUAUCACUACUUGGUUUGAACUCAAAACGU